CUUCCUGCAAGAAAAAAAAUAACCCCAUUAUUAAUCGUAGCCUAUCUCUAGUCUACCUACUCGAGUCACAUGGGUAAGUCUAGGUAUAGUACAUCUGAAGCAUCGACGUUAAUUAUAAAGCUCGCGCCAUCGCCACACAGGAAGGCGUAGAUUUAUUUUAUAUUAUUUUCCACUUCUUGCUCGCCCUCUCCUCACUUCCUCAGGGACUGUCUUUCUUAUUCCUUCAUCUUUUCGUAUAUAUUAUUACGUGCGUGCUACGCGUCGUAUAAAUAAUUAUACCUACUGAAAGACACACUCUAACACAUAAGUACAAACACGUGAUUUCACAUCGUCUUUGUAAAUUUAUAGCCUCGUGUUCUCGUACUGAGCUAUCUAAAAAACACCAACGCGUUUGCCUGCGAAGUCGAUGAUAUGUACCUACGUCGCGUGUUCAUGUUUUAACUAGACUCAAUUGUUAUACUAAAAUACGUCGUCGUGUUGCUAGUUAAGAAGUAUCGUUUUACCGUUUACGUAAUCAAACUUUUGAAGAUGUCGGGUUUUACUUUCAGUAGCGACGUCGACGGAAGACACGCUCGAAAGUACCGCAUCAUCUGCAUAGAAAAGGAUAGCAUUGGCCUAAAACAGGUCAAAGAUUCAAACGAUGAAAAAGAAGCGGGACGAAGCUUAAGACUACGUUUUAUUCCCUCGAAUGCAGAUACUAGCAGUGGCAGUACGAGUCCAAGAAGAAGUGAUCAUGAUGAUAGAAAAACGAGAAUCGGAAUCGUGAAAGGAAAUGAUCACCCAUCACCUGGACUCAAGAAAAGUAUGCCAACGCCGAGCGUGGUAUUCACCUUUUCCAUAGAUUCUACGGACAAUCGAACGCUGCCCAGAUUGAAUCAGAAAUCACAAUGCUCAAACACCGAUUACUCUCAUUGUCCCGUAGUAUCGUCAUCGGUAAAUUCUAACGAAUUACAAGAUUGUCGUUCCCCUAAACAAAAACUUUUGGGAUUGUGCAACCAGAAGGAACCGAUACCUUUCCAUGAAUAUUUUAACGACCGGGUGUUAGGAAAUGACUGUAAGAAAAUCGGCGAAGGCACAUUUGGAGAAAUAUUUAUGGUAAACACAAAUCAACCACAAUGCUCCACCGUACUAAAAAUUAUACCAAUCGAAGGAGAUCUACUUAUUAACGACGAAAAGCAGAAAAAAUUCGAAGAAAUUCUUUCCGAAUUGGUUAUAACGAUAAACCUGAGCAAUCUGAAAAAAAGAACAGAUUAUUAUACAGAUAAUUUCGCCGAUUUUAAAAAUUGUCAUUGCGUUUAUGGGAGAUAUCCCAAAAAAUUAAUAGAGCUCCGGGACGUUUACAAAGAUAAAAACGAUUCAGAAAACGAGUCGCCAAGAGCAUUCGAUGGAAAUCAAUUAUACGUAAUUUUAGAAUUGAGUCACGGCGGCGAAUCAUUCGAAAAUUUUAAAUUAAAUAACGCCCGGCAAGCGUUGUCUGUAUUCGCUCAGGUUACUCACGCGUUGGCUGUAGCCGAAACAGCGUUUCAAUUCGAGCACCGAGACCUUCAUUGGGGCAAUAUAUUGGUUUCAAAGUCAACAGAAGAGACAGCAGCAUAUAAAAUUGGAGAAUUCCAAAAUUCUGUCAAACUACGCGGUGUCAAAGUCACGAUUAUCGAUUAUACGUUAUCGAGGAUAUCAAUAAAUAACUGCAUAUUGUUUUACGACAUCGGCACUAGUCCAGGACUAUUUUCAGGCGAUAGUAGCAGCGAUUUUCAAUUCGAAGUUUACAGAUUAAUGAGAAACGCAGUAAAGAACAAUUGGAAGGAAUUUUCUCCAAAAACGAACGUGUACUGGUUAAAAUACUUAUUAACCAAAAUGGCAAACAAAGAUCGAUACGCUAAACCGGGAACAAAAAUACAUCGAAAAAAUUUUAAAGCAAUCGAAGAACUCGCGGACACGGUUGAAAAAUGUUCGAGCAGUAAAGAUCUAAUCAAAAAGCUUAGUUUAGAUUGCAUCGUUUCAGCGAAACAGUAAAUUGUAUUAAAAAGUAUAUUAAGGUAAUGUGCCUAUAGGUUAUUUGUGACAGAUGUGUAUUAUGUGAAUUGUAUAACUAUAUUAAUGUACUCGUAUUUUAAAAUUUUGAUGAAUAAAUUUUUUCAUUUUUUAUUUUUUAUUUUUAACGUGUGCGA